AUGAAGCUCCUCUGGCUCCUCGUUGGCGCUGCUGCCACCGUCGCCGCUGUUCCCUAUCAGCGCACCACUAAUUUACGCCUCAUGACUUACAAUAUCCGAUACAACGUCAAGCCCAGCAAGGCCGAAGAUGGAGAGGAGCUGUGGCCCAUUCGCCGACCGCUCAUGGCGGCCCAGCUCAACUACGAACUCGCCGGACGUCCAGACUCUCUGGUUUGCAUGCAGGAGGUGACAUACCCUCAAGCGAUGGAUCUUAUGGACGACCUUGGCGAUGACUGGGCCUUGAUAGGCGGCGGUCGCAGGGAUGGCGCCAAAAAAGGCGAACUGUCGCCCAUCUUUUAUCGUCGCUCUAUCUGGAAUCUGGAGCAGACAAAGACAUAUUGGCUCAGUAGGACACCCGACAAGGCUGGCUCGAUAGGAUGGGAUGCUGAGCUUCCCCGAGUCGUUACUGUCGGUCGCUUCCGUCACAUUCACACGGGCGCUCGCGUCGUCUACAUGUGCACUCACUUCGACUGGGAGGGCAAAAAGUCCCAAGAGCAUUCAGCAGCAAUGAUCGUCGACCUGGCCGACCGCUGGUCUUCGCACAAGCGCGAGAGUCUUCCCGUCUUCAUCGCUGGCGAUCUCAACGCCACACCCGACAGCCCGGCGUAUAACCUCUUGGCCACCCAGUUGUACGACCUCAAGUACGAGGUGCCGUCCAACAAGCGCUUUGGCCAUCAAAAGACAUACACGGGCUUUACCAUCGAUGGGUCGGAUGAUAUGGAGCUCGACCAUAUGUUUGUGAGGGAUCCGAUGGACAUCAGCUUCAAGUCGUUUGCUGUCCUCAACACGAGAUAUGAUGACGGCAUCUUCAUCUCAGAUCAUCGCCCGGUCGUGGUGGAUAUGGAAAUCACGCAGAUUGCCCGAAAGGAUUGA